ACUUGUUCAUACUCUCUCUCUCUCUCUCUCUCUCUCUCUCUCUCUUUCUGUGUGUGUGUGUGAGCUAGCUUUGAUCACCAGUCUGUAAUGGAGUCUGCAAGAUUAGUCGCGUUGUUGUUCGCGGCGGUGAUGCUGUGGUUCGCAACUUGUUCUGAAGCCUGGCUGUUCCAUGUGGGUGGCAAAGAUGGCUGGGUGCAAAACCCUUCCGAGGGAUACAAUCACUGGGCUGAGAGGAACCGGUUCCAAGUCAACGACACUCUCUUUUUCAAGUACGAAAAAGGGAACGACUCCGUCCUGCUGGUGACCAAGGACGCCUACAAUUCCUGCGACACCAGCAAUCCUCUCGUCUCCCUCACCGACGGCGGCUCCAGGUUCAGGUUCGACCGCUCCGGCCCCUUCUUCUUCAUCAGUGGCAUCGCCGACAGGUGCAAUGCCGGCCAGAGGCUCAUCGUGGUCGUCCUGGCCGUCCGGGACAAGACUCACAGCGGCGCCCCAACCCCGUCCCCGGUGCCUCCCGUGGCCCGACCUCCGGCUUCGCCGACUCCUCGGUCAGAUGCCCCGGCGGGAACGCCGCCGCAUCCGGCCGGUGCGGGCCCGUCGGAUGCGGAGGCUCCCGUGCCGGCCCCGUCGCAUUCCUCGGCUUCGAAAGUGGGGCUUCCUUGGGCGGGUGGCGUCGGUCUUAUGAUCGCUCUUGGAGUUAGUUUGCUUAUUGGUAGCUAAUUGAAGUUAAAUUUGGCGUGGUUUGGCUCGGUUUAAUUUAUUCUUUUGGGCUGUUUAGCUAGAAUUAGGGGUCUAAAGUCUUAAGGGUUUUCGUUUAUAUGAACGUUGUUAUUUCAUGUUCUUGAUUAACAAAUGACUUUUUCUUA